CAACCAAAACAAGUCUUUUUGAACAAGGAGAAGGCAUGUAGAGGAGAAGUUCAUUUCAGUCGACUCUUUGAGAGGGUGGUUCUCAGGACCACAACAUUGGUUUCCAUUUUCCAUAAGCUAUAUUUUGGUUGGUAAUCACCUGAACCCACUCGUUUGGGAUAUGGCUUCCGAUCCAUUGGCUUUUAUCUUGGGACAAUAGGGACAAACGGGCAUAUUUGGUUUAUCAUGUUGGUUCAAUAGUGCCGAGGUUGUGAGAUAAGUGUGCAGCUAAACAAUACCUUCUCAUCACUCUCUUACACUUUUGUGAUCGGUUGGUUAUGCGUGGCUCAACCAUGGUCAAAUCACCAGUGAAGUGGGGCAGUCGCUUAGCAUGGAUGACCCUUCUUCUUCUCAACUUCUACAUUUGCUCUUCGUCAUCACACACUCAUGGCAGGACUUGCUCACAUGAACAUCCAAAACCAGAUGAGGUGAUGCAUGUCCAUUUGGAGGACCAUCAUGUGGUUCGAAAACGCAGCAUAAAUCAAAAUCUAAGAAUCAAGCUCUUUUAUGAUGAAAGUGUGUACAAGUUGAAUAAGCAACAAUUCGAGUUAAUCAAUAAUACAGUUCUUCCCGAAGCUGUGACCUAUUGGAGUAAAGCUCUUCGUGUCAGAAAAACUGAGAGUCGAAUCCGUCUCAAUCGCAAAUGUGAGCAGAAUCAGGUAUUUUUCAAGACCGGUGAUCCCCAUCCAUAUUGUAAGAAUGCUUGCGAGGCUCGAACCAUGUGCGGUGAGGUCCAAGUCCCGGAAGAUCACCUGGAAGUGUGUCGGGUGUGCAACGCAUUUGGACAGAACUGCAAGGUCCGAGGUGGAAAUGAACCCGGACCUGGAAUCGAUGGGGCCGAUUUCAUAUUCUACAUCUCAGCCAUGCAGACGGAGAGAUGUCAAAAGGGCAUGACGGUUGCCUAUGCGGCUCAUUGUCAACAAGAGUCUGCUUUGGACAGACCCAUCGCAGGACAUGCCAAUCUUUGCCCGGGGUCCAUCAGCACCAAAAGGCAGGAAUUGGAUGUCCUUUUGUCGACGGUCAAACAUGAGAUGCUUCACGCUCUCGGUUUUUCAGUGUCACUGUUCGCUUUCUAUCGCGACAAAGACGGACAUCCAUUGACUCCGAGAGGCGAAAACGGGAAACCCAACCUUAAUGAAGAAUUACAAACGCGCCAAUGGAGCGACCGGGUCAUCCGCAAGGAGUAUCGCGAGUGGAAGGUCAGAAAUGGAACGAUUCGCAAAAAAGUCCAAGUCGUGGUGACACCGAGAGUCCGCGAAGAGGUUCAGAAACACUACGGUUGCGCCAAUCUCAGUGGAGCCGAACUUGAAGAUCAGGGUGAAGAAGGGACAGCUCUCACCCAUUGGGAAAAACGUCUGUUCGAAAAUGAAGCCAUGACCGGAACGCACACACAGAACCCGAUUUAUUCUCGGAUUACAAUGGCUUUAAUGGAAGAUACCGGAUGGUACCUGCCCAAUUAUGACAUGGCCGAUGAUUUGACAUGGGGCAAGAAUUUGGGAUGCGAUUUCGCCCAAAAGUCUUGCAUGGAGUGGAUGCAACUACGACAAAGAGGGGGCAAGAGCAUUCACCCGUUUUGUAACAAAGUCAAACGGGAUCCCUUGGAAACCGAAUGCACGGAUGACCGAUCCAGUGUGGCUUUGUGUAAUCUAGUCCAGCAUGAGCACGAACUUCCAGCUCACUUCCAGAACUUCGAUAGCAUUCCACAUAUUGCUAGUCAAGAUGUAGGGUAUUUUGGCGGGUCUGUGGCAUUGGCCGACUACUGCCCUUACAUCCAAGAGUUCACAUGGCGAUCGAAUAACGUGGUGGUCCGUGGAUCUCAUUGCAUGUACACGGAGAAUAAUCCAAACAUGGAUCGGAAUUUCGCCUUGGAACACUACGGGCAUCAAUCCAAAUGUUUCGACCAUACCAACGAAAUGUGGGAAGAGCGGAGUUGCCAUCAAGUCCGGCAAUGGCAGCAUUGGGGAUCAGGUUGCUAUCAGUACUUGUGUCAGAAUAGGCGACUCCAUAUCAUGGUGCUGAAUCACACCUACACCUGCUUCUACCCUCAACAAGAGAUCGAGAUCUCGUUAAUGGCCAACAGUUGGCUCCACACCGGAUCGUUGGUGUGCCCUCCUUGCGACAAUGUCUGUGGCGAGGAAUUCGCCUUGCAAGGCGAGACCUGCCGCACUGGAGACCCACCCCCGGAAGAUCACGUCUAUUACAAGGAUGUACUUACGUGCCGUGGCUCUGGUAUUAGUCAGUUUCUGGGUCAUUGGACUCUGACAGCUGUUUUUGCCACCAUGAUCAACUUCACAUUUGCGCGCCAAAUUCUGAAUUCGCGGUGAUCUUUAUUCUCAAUGCAAAGACCAGCGACAAGUCGUCUUUUCAAAAAAAACAAAGGCUGGGAUUGUUUCCCUUUCGUUCUUUUUUAAACAUUUCUUCUCAUCUAGUCAACUGUGAUGUAAUGAAGAGACCAUGAAAGGGUACUCGACAAAGGCCCUUAAAUCAGGCUUAAACGUCACACAUGGCAGUUUCCAGACCAAACUGGAAGACUGAAUUGGUAGAUAUCAUAUUUUUGAUUUACAGACCCAUUUUCAACAACGCAUUUACUCCCAUUCCAAUCCUUGCGCUGACUUCCUUUAGAGGUCUUCCACUUUGUGCUUUGGUUAUCUUUUUUUCUGAUAAAUGCCCGUGCAUUCCGUCGUGACAUUCCCGUGUUCUAUUUCCGAUAUUCCAGUGUUUCGUCAAUAUCAAACAAACAAAAAUAUUCAUUCAGAUCACAAUAAACUUCGAUGUUUAUGAUUCUUGUCA